AUGAAGCGAUUGCACGAAGAAUGUUUUGAUGAACUCCGCGAAAAACUGCCAGACUGCUGUGAAAACCUAAUUCUCUCACAGCCUAAAAAACCACAGUGUGAUUCGGUCGCCGAAUCAAACACUGGCCUCACUACGGAUACACUCCAAACGGAUUCAGACAAUGCGGAACAAUGUACACCCGUACCGCAUCCCACUCAUUGUUCAUCGAACCGAUUCAUGGCACUGACUGCCAUGAUUGAUCAGUGCUCGCAUUUGGAACUGGUUCAUCUACACGAAGCAAUCAAACCGAAAUUGAAGAGAGAUUUUUUCGCCUUGUUACCGGCUGAGCUUGUCUUUCGUGUUUUAUCCUAUCUUUCGUUGCAAGAUAUUCUUCACUGUGCUCAACCCAAUUGGAAAUCGCUUUACCGAACGGCUCUGGAAACUCAGUGCAAUUGGCGUCACGGUAGUCCAUGGGCUCCGGUGGUUCUUCCAGCGCAUCAUGUGAGUUGUUGUUUUACACUAUCCCGCGGAUUGCAACCCGUGACCUUUUUUGAUGCACAAAGGUGA